AAGAAAUAAAAGAAAAAGACACAAGUAUCCCUAUUGUCGGAGAGAAAGGGCAUCACCACCAUCUUCGAAACCUAAUCUCUGCCUCUUCUGCCCCUUCUGUAAUUCCCAAUCCCACCCUCGAUUUCUCCUCCUUUUUUUUUUACCCGCCAAUUUCAACUUUGUCAUCUCCAACGGCUCCUUCCUCUUCUCUCGAGUUUCUGUUGAUAAACCCAGAUUUUGAUCCUCGUAACUGCUAAAGCAAGAGAACUAGUUGUCUUUUAUACGAGUGUUGCUUCUGCAAUGGCGAAUCGUGAUUUAAUGCUUGGACAGAAUCAAUCAUUGGUGCUUGGUCACAGCCACACUCUAGACCUUGGUCAAAACCACGAUAUGGAUUUAAGCCAACCUCAUCACGAUCAUGAAAUUGACUUAACACACCAACAAGACGAUCACGAGCUAGGCUUAGGAGUACACAACGAAGAUCAAGAAGACCAUCAUCAUCAUCAUCACGAUUACAUGAAUGAAACCGAUCAAAAGCCUGGACACCACCACGACGACGACGAUGUUGAGUUCUCCUUAUCAGACAACAACCAGUUAGUACUCGGAAACAACGAGAAUCUCGACUUAGCCAUCGACUCAACACACGAGCUCGAGAUCGACCACAACGGCGAGAUGGUAAUGGUCACUACUCCAGUCCAAGCACGCGCCCUCUCCGCUGAGCUAACUUACCAGCUCACGGUCGGACAAGAGUUCCCAGAUGUCAAAAGCUGUCGUAGAGCGUUGAGAGACAUGGCCAUUGCUCUCCACUUCGAGAUCCAAACGAUAAAAUCCGACAAAACACGCUUCACAGCUAAAUGUUCCAGCGAAGGAUGUCCGUGGAGAGUCCACGCAGCUAAGCUCCCCGGCGUGCCGACUUUCACCAUUAGGACCAUCCAUGAAAGCCAUACCUGCGGAGGGAUAAACCAUUUGGGCCACCAACAGGCCUCGGUCCAGUGGGUAGCUUCCUCAGUUGAGCAGCGGCUCCGCGAGAAUCCAAACUGUAAACCGAAAGAGAUUCUUGAAGAGAUACAUAGAGUCCACGGCAUCACCUUGUCUUACAAGCAAGCGUGGCGCGGUAAAGAAAGAAUCAUGGCGACUAUGCGCGGCUCUUUUGAAGAAGGGUAUAGGCUGCUUCCUCAGUACUGUGAGCAGGUCAAGAGGACUAAUCCUGGAAGCAUCGCUUCUGUUUACGGAUCUCCGGCUGAUAACUGCUUCCAGCGUCUCUUCGUCUCCUUCCACGCCUCGAUUUUCGGGUUUUUAAACGCGUGCCGCCCGCUUCUCGGGCUUGACAGAACGUACCUCAAGAACAAGUACUUAGGUACGUUGCUUCUCGCUACUGGUUUUGAUGGAGACGGCGCUUUGUUUCCGCUAGCGUUUGGGGUUGUGGACGAAGAGAGCGAUGAGAACUGGAUGUGGUUCCUUUGCGAGCUUCACAACCUUCUAGAAGCCAACACCGAGAACAUGCCGAGGCUCACUAUACUAUCCGAUAGACAGAAAGGGGUAGUGGAAGGAGUUGAACAGAACUUCCCAACAGCCUUUCACGGCUUCUGCAUGCGUCACUUAAGCGAAAGCUUCCGUAAGGAGUUUAACAACUCAUUGUUAGUUAACUACCUUCGGGAAGCUGCUCAAGCCUUGACGGUGAUUGAGUUUGAAGCUAAAGUACUCGAAAUCGAAGAGGCUUCGCAAGACGCAGCGUACUGGAUCAGACGUAUCCCUCCGAGGCUAUGGGCUACAGCUUACUUCGAAGGACAACGGUUUGGUCAUUUAACAGCUAAUAUAGUCGAGUCUCUAAACUCGUGGAUCGCUGAAGCUUCAGGACUUCCGAUUAUUCAGAUGAUGGAGUGCAUCAGGAGACAGCUGAUGACUUGGUUCAACGAGCGGCGCGAGACCAGCAUGCAGUGGACUUCGAUCCUCGUCCCGACCGCCGAGCGCCGCGUGGCCGAGGCGCUCGAGCUCGCGAGGACCUACCAGGUCCUCAGAGCCAACGAGGCGGAGUUUGAAGUUAUAUCUCACGAAGGGAACAACAUUGUGGAUAUCAGGAACAGGUGUUGUCUCUGUAGGGGAUGGCAGUUGUACGGUUUGCCCUGUGCGCAUGCCGUCGCGGCUCUUUUGUCUUGUAGACAGAAUGUUCAUAGGUUUACUGAGAGCUGUUUCACUGUGGCGACGUAUAGGAAGACUUACUCUCAGACGAUUCAUCCUAUUCCGGAUAAGAGUCUUUGGAGAGAGAUGUCUGAGGGAGGUGAUCCGAGUGUGGGUAAAGGUGGUGUUGAGGGUGUUGUUAUAAACCCGCCUAAGUCGUUGAGACCGCCUGGUAGGCCGAGGAAGAGACGGGCUAGGGCUGAAGAUAGAGGACGUGUGAAGAGGGUUGUGCAUUGUAGCCGGUGUAACCAGACUGGUCAUUUCAGAACUACUUGUGCUGCACCCAUUUGAUUUUGCAACAAUGACAAUACGCUGAAGCAUACUGUGAGUUACUCUGUUAAGAGUACUAUAGAAGAUCACAUCGUUCUUGAUCAGUUUCAAGAUUUUAAGCGAUAGAUGGAAAUAAACACUUGAAGAAACAUUACAUGUUUGUUGUUUCCUUUCUCUAUUUAUUUGAAAUGCUCAGCUCGAGCAGAUGCAUAAACUCUUUUGUUUUUGUUUAAUAGUUCUUGAGAUAAAGUUAUUAUUUUCAUUUGGAAUGUAUUUUGUUUAGGUGUGUAAGGUAAAAAGUUGAUAUGAGCCAACGUUUGCUUGACAAUAAAACAGUAAUAUUUAGGUUAA